GUUGCAUAAGCGUCUUGGAUUUGAACUGGUUGGAUGUUUAAAGGAAGUUGGAUUUAAAUUCAACAAACGCCUUGAUGUCGAGUACUGGCAGCUUUUUCUGUAAUGAUUUGACUUAAAUACCAGGGCGUUUAUUCUUAUUUUAAAUAUACCUAUGUUGGUGAUGGGAAUUUUUUUUACGACAAAAUACUAUUUUUGUACCUGACACUACUGCCUAACUAUCGUUUUUAUGUAUUUAUAUUGAUGUCGACAAGUUUGAAAUAAUAUUUGUUUUUGAUAUUUUAUUCCAUUUUUGUACCUGACACUAUAAUGCCUAACCAUUCUGAAAGUUAAAAUUUUAAAUGUUUUUAUUGUGAUGAAGAACAAGUUUUAAGAAUUGUUCUGUUUGUUCAAUGCAGAGAAUGACUUUAAUUUACGAAAAUCUGAGAACUAUUUUAUUUCUCACCAUUCUGCCAGACUGAAAUAUUCACCAAAUUUUUUAAAAAAAUGAAUAAGUAUUAAGCUCGAAGAAAAUGAACAUAAACCUUACCUAACAUGUAUCGUAUGAUGUAUCAAGUAUAUACCAGUGUUCUAUUAUACAAGAAUAUUUUUUAGCAUUUUUUGUUCAGAAUUUAUACUAAUUCUCAACAACUUGUAUAUUUCAUAUUUCAGAAAAAUGCCGUAUCCCAGAUACAAUUCAUAUCCUUCAUCAAGGUCCAACGUGAACCCUUGGGACGGAGGAAUGGGAGGUAUGGGAGGUCUCCUCCCUAACCCUGUAGAUCCCAUGGCUCUGGUCGGAAACCUUGUCGGAGCUCUCAUGCAUCAGAAUAUCCCUCAGGGAAUGGGUGUUCCAAUGCAUUCAAUGCAACGAAAUGACAGACAUGAUCUCAUGCCCAGGCGGGGUGGACGGGAUCGAUCUCCUGUACGACGGCGAGGAAGAUCUAGGUCACGUGACAAGAGAAGGAGAAGUCCAAGACGAAGGUCUCCGCCAGCUGACAGGGCCGAGCAUGAGAUCUAUAUCGGGAAUUACCCUGCAGGGUUCAAGGAGCCAGAGCUCAAGACCCUCUUCACGGAGUACAACAUUGAAGUCGGCAAGAUCAGGAUGAAGAGUGAUCAUAAUAGCAAAGUGUUUGCGUUUGCUGAGACUACUAGUAUGGAGAUGGUUGAGAAAGCAAUUGCUACGAUGGACGGCAAGGAAAUUCAAGGAAGAAGAAUGCGAGUACGAGGAUCAAAGGAUACUGAGAAUAAGAGAAGGGACGGAGGUAAGAAGACAGGAGGGGGAAGGAAUAACAGGAACAGCGGAAGGAAUAAUGAUAAAAAGGAAAAGACUAAAAAUGUUCGUGUCCCAACAGUUGAAGACAGCAAACCAUACCUUGUUACCGCGUUCAUGGCUUUUCUGGACAGGGAGAUUGUUAAACAAGCUGAGGGUUCGGAAUCAAAGGACUUGAUGGAGGCUGCCAGCGUAGCCCUUAAGGCGGCCUUUAGUCUACCAGAGGACACAAGCUUCGUAAUCAGUAGAGAGAUCGAGGACAUUUUCUUCAGGGCGGCCAGACUUGAUAUAGUUCUCCCUGAGGAACCGGAAGAACAGGAAGAGGAAGUGGAGAAAACUAACGAAGAAGGACAAGAACAGGCUUCUGAGAAUAUCGACAAUACUGAGACUCAAGAAGCUUUUGCAAUGGACGCUGAUACUUCUACUACUACUGAUGCAACUGCUACUGCUACUGAUACAGUUGCCACAUCUGAUGUUGCAGAAAAGAAAGAAUAUGAACCUGAGACUGCUGAAGUCCUUGACAUUGCUGAAGAUGAAAGUAAGGUUGAGGAUGAGGAGGAGAUGAACCUAGACGAUGAUAAUAUUAUGGAGGAUCUGGAGAAUGCGUUGGCAGAGGACGAGGAUGAACCGGAAAUGGAAGGUCUCCUGGAUGAGGCGAAGGAGGUUGAACCCGAGGCUGUCCAGACUCCUGCCCGUGGACGGGGUAGGGGACGAAGAGGAAAACGUUAAAGAAUUUAUUCUACACGACGCCAUUAUUAGAUUUUUGAUUUUUUUUGAAGUAUGUUUUGUGUUACUGUCAUAAAUUUGUUAUUUGAAAAUAAAUCUGUUUUUCUUCAAUAAAUUCGCUGUAACUAUCAUA